CUUUGACAUUUACCUAAUCGACAAUGUAAACGAUCAUUCUAUUUAUGAACUUUCGCUAAAAUUUUUUGUGUUCAUUUCUGCAAUCUACAAAUAACCUCUAUUUUCGGAUAUCCUUUUUUAUUUUCAUAACGCGAACGUUGUAGCUUAUAUUUAACUAUUUCAUAAAAAUAACUGUCGUUUAUUGGAGUAAGAAAGUAGGGUGCGCAUGGUAUGAGAAAAUUUUAGAAAAAUGAAUCGUUUUUUUACAACAAUGUACAAGGAACGGGGAAAACCAUACUACCCUGAAAAUGUAGCAAAAGCUGAGCAUGAACGUUUGUUGUCGUCGACACUUCUUGUUCAUCCUUUGUAUAAGAAAACUCUUCCUCAACAAAUAAAUAAGGAUCCUGUAGUUGUUCAAAGAAUUAGGGAAGAAAAGAAAAGAUUAACAAAGAAUUAUCAGCUCUUUUUGGACACAUAUCACGAUCAUUUUAGUGGAAAGUUAAGAAAAUCGAAGAACAAGAUAAUAAAAAGAAGUUCUUCACCGUCAUCUCCAAAACGAGAAAAGAAAUUCAACAUCACCGUGAAUCCUAGAAAUCCCGUUCAACGUCAAGGAAAAUUUCUAGACAAGUACUCUCGCAAAUGCUUACAACUCGAUCUGAAAUUUGUUGAAAACGAAACUCCUCCGUCAGAAACAAUAACUCCUCACGAUGUUCAGCCUAAAAGCAAAAUGCACAAUUUCGUUUUGGAGGAACUGGAAAGGACCAACGAUGAAAUAGACACCUUUAACACCCAGCUCCAGGCGAUCCAAGGAAUUCUGAACGAUCGCAAGGUGGAACUAAAGUUUCCAACGAACGAUAACAUUGAGCAGGUUGAGACAAAAGAAGAAAUCAUAAAGAGAUCAAAAUCAAGAGAUUUUCUUGGUAAAACCCUCGAUAGAAACUUUAGAAAUAUUAGAACGAAUGAGUUGCCCAAAAUGCAUUACAAAAGCAUGGCAGAUGCUUUGCUUAGUAAGAAGAAGACAACAAGUUUAGAAUUGUUAUAUUCCAAUAAUUCCUAUCACAAAAAGGGUCAAUCAUUUGCAAAGUUGAUAGAUUCAAAUUCAGAAAUGAAUAUAAAUAACGAUAAGAAAAUUACGGCAGAUUCUGCACUGCACCUCCGGAAAUCCAGCACAUCUAACCUGGAUGAUUUCUACAAAGAAAUAAAUUCAAGAUUUCCGUUUUCAAAAUUCCGCUCAUUGUACAAACCGGAUAUGGAUAGCGUUAGUACACCUAUUCCCAAAAAGAACAACAACAUGAUGACGAAUGUAGUUGAAAAGGCGAAAUCAUACUCGCACGAAAAAUCACCAAGAACCAGUUUAAAGUCAUCACCACGACCAGCUGGCCGGUAUAACAACAGGAUCACCAAUACUAAUAAGAAUAAGCACCUUCCACAUAAAAGAAAUACGAAGCUGAACACACAAAUCACACCUGUUGAUUUCAAGGGAGAGUGUGGUGAUAAAGCUGAGUUUCAAAAACACAAAAGAUCACCUAGAAAAAGUCCAAGGAUUGCAAAAGGAAAUGUACACUACCCCAAUGGCACUGAUUGCGUAAUGAAAUCGUACAUUGAGCAAAAAUUAUUACCUAGAAGUCCUUUGGACGCUUCUGAAGGUAGAUAUAAAUUUUCGAGUCAAAAUAAUAGUCCGAAAUCUAACAACAAGUCAAAUUAUACCCAAUCACGCACAACCGAAUUCGAAAAGGUACUUCAAGAGAAUGUACCUCAUGGAAUUUUUGGAAACGAACAACUUCCAAAAGGGAUAACAAACUCCCUGUUUCUAAAAAAUGAACUCAAACAANCAAUUUCUCGAUACACAAUCAGUAUUGACUAG